CACUCUGGCUCUGCUCGUCCCUCGAGGCUACAACAGACUGGCGACGAGGAUGGGAUCCGAAUUCCACUGGGCUACAAGACACCAUUAGCGGCGGUUCCGAAGCGCUGCGAAGAUACAGGCAGGAUGGCGACGUUGGGAAGGUUCGAUCAGUUCAUCGAGGACGGUGACGAAGAUUUUCAGUCCUACGUGGAGCGGCUCGACCACUUCCUGAAGGCCUCCCAGGUGAGCGACGACCUGAAGGUGUCAGUGUUCAUAACGGCAAUAGGAAAGAAGGCCUAUAAAACUCUGAAAACGUUGCUGGAGCCAGAAAAGCCAGAAAACAAGACGUACGCACAGUUAGUACAGACACUGAAAGAGCAGUACGUUCCCAAAACUUCCGUGAUUGCCGAGCGUUUCAAAUUCAAUCGUUGUUUCCAACAAGAUGGGCAAGCGGUGACAGCCUUCGCUGUAGAGCUGAAGCGGUUGGCGACAUCCUGUGAUUUCGGAACGUUUCUGGACGACGCUUUGCGCGACCGGUUUGUGGCAGGACUUUGUGACAAAGAAACAAAAGCAGAGCUGCUAAAGACAAGCAAGCUGGCUUUUAAAGAGGCCUGCGAUAUCGCUAGGAGUAUCGAGUUGGCCCGGAAAGAAAGCCAGGAUUUUCAGCCCAAGUCGGCGCAAGGAAUGAUCAGCGCCCUUAACCGCAAAACAGAUAGCGGGAAACGCCCACCACGCUGGAGAGAAGAAACUUCGGGGAUGCCUGCUGGCACCAGGGGGGCGGAACCACUGCACUGUUUCCGAUGCGGCUCAGAGCAUGAAGCAUCUAUCUGCAAAUUUCGUACCGGAACACACCGACCACAACCACGGGGCAGACACCAGCAGAACUGUUUUUGUCGCGGUCGCCCCGCACUCGCCUGACUAUGCUACAGCCAGACCUGGAGAGACGGAUGGAAGAACAGUUCUCCAAAGUAAAGGCCCAAGUUGACGAAAGAAGAGGGUCGGAAAGAGCUUACAAAGAGGGGGAAAGCGUUCUGGUUCAAGGCCUUCGUCCAGGUGAUCCCAAGU